AUGCCGAUCAACGCUAACGCUGUCCUAAACCGCCUACAAGACCAGUCCAUCCGGGAUCGGUCCUACCUUGACGUCGAAUACGGCUCAAACGAUGAGGUUAACCUCGAAGAGGUCGCCGCCAACCCAAUUAUGGAACGCUUCACAACUGACUUGGGCACUGAUGGCAUUCGCGCCUUGACCAACUUUACCGUCUCGGAGUUCGAGUUCUUGUGGUCCUUCGUGGACGAUGCCAUAAAUAAUGCAUGGAUGGAGGGUCGUGGCCACCGUUGUGCCACCAGCCCCAAGGAAGCACUGUUCAUGGCACUCACGGUGCUAAAGCAUUACUGCACCUGGGAGAAACAUGCUGUGGACUUUGGGUUCAAGGCUCCAACAUUACAAAAGCUCAUUAUGCGUGUUCUUGCGGUGCGCGGGAAGCACAGCUUCUACGGCUACAAGAUUGAGGCGGCCGUUUCGCCUGACGGCCGGUGCGUGGCUAUGUCUGCCUCCCACCCUGGAUCCGUACACGACCUGACCAUCAUGCAUUCCCGGGUCAAGGACCACGAAGCCAACUUGGCCAAGUCGCCGAGCGAUGCCGCCUUACCAUGGCGAACUGUCAAACCAAUUCCGUGGAUCGUGGGCCUGCCUUGUCGAUAUGGGGUAUAUUGGCAUCCAGCACUCCUUGCGUGGCAUCCAUCCGAAGCGUCGGCCGGUAAAUGGCUCGCUGGACGCCAGUGUGACCUGGAGCGCAAUCACGCAAUCUCGUCUGAUCGCGUGAUUGUGGAGAACUUCUUCGGCAGGGUUUGCUCGCUGUGGCAGGUGUCUUACUCCACGUUUACGUGGUCUGAGAAGAACUACACGGCUAUCCCACGAAUGACGUUUGCUUUGACAUAUUUCCAUCUGUCCCUCAUGCCAUUACGCCGUGAAGACGAGGCAUUUUAUGGCCUCGUCAUGGCUCGCUACCAAAGGAUGGCCAGCGAAAAGAAGCGGAAGAAGGCAGAAGCUCAACGACGCUACCGUAUGAACCGUCAAGAUCGAGCUGCAAUGGACGCCUUCCGUAUCAUGCGUUUUCCAUAG